CGCAAUGAGGAGGGAGGGAGAGAUGGAACUCAUAAUUUCUAGGGUUUUAGGAUAGUUUUUGAGAAGUUGAGCGAGAUACUCGCAGCUGUGGAGCGUGGAGAAGACAAAGCGCGCCAAAUCACCAACCCCUUCCAACCACUCUCUUUUUGAACAGUUGGCUGGAAUCAUCGAAACCCCAAGGCACUCCAAGAAACACAGAAAACACAGCAAUGGGAAAGCAGAAGCAACAGGUCAUUUCCCGCUUUUUUGCUCCCAAACCCAAUCUCCCUUCUUCUUCCUCAUCCUCGGAUCCUCCUCUCCCGAAGCCACCAGCCCGUUCCCCAAAAAUCACCGCUACUGUCUCUUUCUCUCCCUCCAAACGCCUCUUUUCUUCCCGCCUCGCUUCUCCAAAACCCCCCAAAAACCCUAAACUCUCUCCCCAUACCCAGAACCCCAUACCCACAUCCCUUAACCCCACUCUUCACGAAAAGUUCCUGCAGAAGCUUUUAGAACCUUCUGAGGAGGAUCUCGAGCCAUCCUCGAAGUUUCCUCCGUCUUCUAAUCAGAAGCCCUCCUCGUCGGCCCCUACAAAAUGUGCUGUUAAGUACACUCCAUUGGAGCAGCAGGUAGUGGACCUAAAGAAGAGGUACCCAGAUGUUCUUUUGAUGAUUGAAGUUGGGUACAAGUACAGAUUUUUUGGAGAAGAUGCUGAGGUUGCUGCCAGGGUCUUGGGAAUAUAUGCCCAUGUAGAUCACAAUUUCUUGACUGCCAGUGUGCCAACUUUUCGGCUCAAUGUGCAUGUGAGGAGGCUUGUGGGUGCAGGGUAUAAGGUGGGUGUCGUUAAGCAGACCGAGACAGCGGCCAUUAAGGCACAUGGUUUAAACCGGUUAGGGCCGUUCUGCAGGGGUCUAUCAGCCUUGUACACGAAGGCAACACUUGAGGCGGCUGAGGAUCUUGGAGGUGGGGAGGAAGGGUGUGGGGGAGAUUGCAACUAUUUGCUUUGUGUGGUUGAGAAGGGGGUGGUGGUGGAAAAUUUGAAUUGUGGUGUGGAAAGUCACUUUGACACGAGAAUUGGGAUUGUUGCAGUUGAGAUAUCCACAGGGGACAUUGUUCAUGGGGAAUUCAAUGACAAUUUUAUCAGGGCUGGGCUUGAGUCUGUGGUUUUAAGCUUGUCUCCCGCUGAGUUGCUUCUUGGGGAGCCACUUUCCAAACAAACGGAGAAGAUGCUGUUGGCAUUUUCUGGACCUGCCUCAAACGUCCGUGUAGAGCGUGCAUCACGAGAUUGCUUCAAGGACGGAGGGGCGCUUGCCGAAGUGAUGUCUCUGUUUGAAAAUAUUAGUGAAGAUAAUGUAGCAACUCAUCAGAAAGCUGGUGAGACAGAACAGGCAAAUCACCGCUUGGCUAUUGAUGGAAUUAUGGCCAUGCCUGCUUUGGCUGUUCAAGCAUUGGCAUUAACCAUUCGUCAUUUAAAACAAUUUGGUUUUGAAAGAAUCCUGUGCUUGGGAGCUUCAUUUCGGGCCUUCUCAACCAACAUGGAGAUGACUCUGUCAGGCAAUGCACUUCAGCAGCUAGAGGUGUUGAAGAAUAAUGCCGAUGGGACUGAAUCUGGCUCCUUGCUGCAGUCUAUGAACCACACUCUUACCAUAUUUGGGUCAAGGCUUCUAAGGCACUGGGUGAGUCACCCUUUAUGUGAUAGAAACAUGAUAUAUGCCCGCCUUGAUGCUGUUUCUGAGAUUGCAGAAUCAAUGGGGUCUUCACAGAAUUUUGGUGGAGUCAAUGAGAAGGAAACUGAUGCAGCAUUUGUACGACCUGAGAUUUAUCAUUUGCUUUCUUCAGUUUUGACAACUUUAGGAAGAUCAACUGACAUUCAACGCGGAAUAACCAGAAUCUUCCACCGGACAGCUACUGCAACUGAAUUUAUUGCAGUCAUUCAAGCUAUAUUGUUUGCUGGAAAACAGCUUCGGCAACUUAGAAUUGAAGAAGAGAACAAUGUGAAAAUGCAAGAAAAGACUAUAAGCUCUGUUUUGUUAAGGAAGUUGAUUUUGACAGCUUCAUCAUCCAGUGUAAUUGGCAAUGCUGCAAGACUUUUGUCUAGUUUAAAGAAAGAAGCAGCUGAUCAAGGGGAUCUACUGAACUUGUUUAUUAUUUCAGACGGCCAAUUCACAGAGGUUGCUAGAGCCCGAACAGUGGUUCAGUUGGCUAUUGAGAAAUUGGAUUUGCUGAUUGGUUUGUACCGCAAGCAGCUUGGAAUGUGCAAGUUGGAAUUCAUGAGUGUCUCUGGAGUCACACAUCUGAUAGAGUUACCCUUAGAUGUAAAGGUACCCUCAAACUGGGUGAAGGUAAAUAGUACCAAGAAAACAAUCCGUUAUCACCCACCUGAAGUAUUGACUGCUUUAGACCAGUUAUCACUAGCAAAUGAGGAGCUUACUGUUGUCUGCCGAGCUGCUUGGGAUAGUUUUCUAAGGGAAUUUGGCAAAUAUUAUGCUGAAUUUCAAUCAGCUGUUCAAGCACUAGCUGCUCUUGAUUGUUUAAUUUCACUUGCUGUUCUCGCAAGAAAUAAGAAUUAUGUCCGCCCUGUUUUUGUGGAUGAUAGUGAGCCUGUUCAGAUACAUAUUUGUUCUGGUCGUCAUCCGGUUCUGGAGACAAUAUUACAGGACAAUUUUGUCCCAAAUGACACAAGUUUGCAUGCGAAUGCGGAAUACUGUCAGAUUGUUACUGGACCUAACAUGGGUGGAAAGAGUUGCUACAUUCGCCAAGUUGCCCUCAUCACCAUUAUGGCUCAGGUUGGUUCCUUUGUACCAGCAUCAUCAGCAACACUGCAUGUUCUAGAUGAUGUCCACACCCGAAUGGGUGCUUCUGACAGUAUCCAGCAAGGAAGGAGCACCUUUUUGGAAGAGCUAAGUGAGACUUCUCUGAUACUGCACAAGUGUACAGCACGCUCUUUGGUCAUCAUUGAUGAGCUUGGAAGAGGCACAAGCACGCAUGAUGGUGUAGCAAUUGCUUAUGCUACAUUGCAUUAUCUCCUAGAACAGAAGAGAUGCAUGAUCCUCUUUGUUACGCACUACCCUAAAAUUGUUGAUAUCAAGAAUGAAUUUCCAGGCUCUGUGGGGGCAUACCAUGUAUCAUAUCUGACAUCACAAAAACAUAUGGAGGACUCAAAUUCUGAUAAAAAUGUUGAUGAUAUAGAUCAUGAUGAUGUCACAUACCUUUAUAAGCUUGUGCCUGGCAUUUCAGAGAGGAGUUUUGGAUUUAAGGUUGCUCAGCUUGCACAGCUACCCCUUUCAUGCAUUCAUAGAGCCACUGUCAUGGCUGCAAAGCUGGAAUCAGCGGUUGGCAGUAGGGUAAAAAACAGGAUGCCUGUAAAGCUGCUGUUGGAGACUUCAUCAAUUUGUGAGGAGCAAGAUGAAUCGGAUAACUUCUUGAAACCUCCUAACUGUACUGGGGCUGGAGGGAUUGAUGGCUCAGAAUGUCCGACUAAUGCUUACAAAGAUUUCUUCUUCAACUUGAAGUCUGCAUCAGGGGAUGAUGACCCGGCUAAAAGCUUCCUAAUUUUGAAACAUGCCAGAAGCCUUGCGAAUAACUUAAUCAGUCGGGUUUAGUUUCAGGUAAUUGAGAGUGAGAGGCUUACCAAUCAUGGGAAGAGCAGACAUCUUUUGAAACAUAUGCGUCUCCCAGCCAUCGACUGGUUUGCUUGCUUGCAUUUGACUCCCACAUUCUGCUCUAUUAGAUCGCUUGCAGAUUUUGGACUUCUACCAUGCUACCACACUAGUUCAUCAAUUUUGUUCUUUCCAUGUAAAUGAAAUUCAGUGAGACACUGAUAGAAAGGAUGGCUUGAGCGAUAAAAAUCCUUUUGUAAUUAAUAUCAUUAUGUUGAAAAACUUAUAUAUAUGUUUGUAUGAGUUGCUCUUCGGCGAUGUGAAUGAUUAUUUGUUUCCACUGCACUUAAGCAAUGGAAAUGACGAGUUAUAAGUUGUGCGAGGAUAUCAUCUAGUGUUCUUUAAUUGCUUUAUUUAUUUAUUU